AUGUCGACCGCUGUGGUUUACAAGUACAUGGCGAGUCAGCCCGGCGAGGACCUGUGUACGUUUUACCAGGAACACCAGUGCUCCGGCUUUGAGUACAGCUGCAACAGCGGGUACAGGGAGAGUGCCCUGUGUGACGUUCCAUGCAAUCUGCAGGCCUUCGCUGACACGACGUGCUACGGUGCGAUGUGGGCACCGAUGAUGUUUACAGUUGCUCCUCUGCUGGUACUCUCCGUUUUCUUUCUAUGUGCCUGCUUGUUCUCGCUGAUAUUGACUGUGAAGAUGGUCAUGAUCGGCCGACGUGUCGCACAGAGGAGCAUUUGA